AUGGCAUCGGGUCGGACUCUGGUCUUCGGUGGCCGCGGCUUUGUGGGCGCGGCGAUCUGCAAGGAGCUAGCCAAAAGAGGACUCACUCCGGUGCUGAGUCUGAGCCGCUCCCAGCCGGCCCAAUCCGAGGGCUCCACAAUCCAGGAAGUGGGUGGUGUGGAUGCUCUGAAGCCAGAGACAUUCGAGUCUCUUCUUCCAGAUGCCCGGGCUGUCGUGAUAGCCAUCGGCGAGCCCCCAUGGGUGACGGACAAGGAGCGUGCGAUGAGGUCGAAUGGAACGACCAACAUCACCAUUAUGCAGACGGCUGCGAAGCACAAGGUCCCUCGUGUGGUGCUCGUCAACGCCACGAUGCCAAGUUGGGGUGUCAUAGCUGGAUACCGCGAGGGAAAGUUGGCCGCGGAGCGAGAGGCCUUAAGCUAUCCAGAGAAGUGUGAGUCUCCCUGCAGCGUCCUGGUGAUCAAGCCGGGAGCCAUCUCCGGCACGCGCCAGGAAGGUUGCUUUCAAGUGCCGUUGUGGCUACUGCUGGAACCAAUGCGCUUGGUAAUGUCGGCCUUGUCAGGGCCUUGUGAGGCCAUCGAGAGAUGCUUCCCCAGCUUAUUCGGAGGCGUCUUGCGGCCGCCGGUGCGGGUGGAGGAAAUUGCGAUGGCAGCAGCGGAUGUCGUUGAGGACACGUCUUUUAAGGGCAUCCGCGAGAUCGGCACGAAGGAGCUCGUUGGCUACACGAGUGCCAGUUCCCAAAAGAAAGACUGA